GAUGACAGCGGAGGAAACUCCACAAUGUGAGGGACUGGUCAGUUUUGUCAUUUCAGCCUUGCCCUGUGAGGAGGAAGGUCAACCAAGUCCCAGACAGGGUCUAGCCCAAUCCAGCCCUUUGCCAUGGCAGAGCCUGGGGAAGAGGAGACGAUGUCAGCAGAGGCCUCAGGGUUCUCAGACUUGAGUGACUCGGAGUUUCUGGAUCUGGAAGAUACCCAAGAAUCCAGUGCUUCACUUAGUAAGCCUGGCCCUUCUGAACUUCCUGGGAAGGAUGGCAUGCUCAUUAGCUUACCAAAGUGGAAAAGAAGAUUAGAUGUCUUACCACCCAUGGAGCGAUUCCACCUUAAAUAUUUGUAUGUCACUGACCUGUCCACUCAGAACUGGUGUGAACAGCAAAUGGUAUAUGGGAAGGAGCUUCCUGGUUUCUUGUCACCUGAGAAGGCAACUGUUUUGGACACUGGUGCCAGCAUCCACCUAGCUAGAGAACUAGAAGUUCAUGAUCUUGUGACUAUCCCCAUCACCACUAAAGAAGAUGCUUGGGCAGUUAAGUUUCUGAACAUAUUAUCAAUGAUUCCUACCCUGCAGUCAGGAGGGCGUAUUAGAGAGUUUCCAGUGUUUGGAGAAGUGGAGGGUGUGCUUCUUGUUGGAGUGAUUGAUGAGCUGCACUAUACAGCCAAGGGGGAGCUGGAAUUGGUUGAACUCAAGACACGCAGACGCCCUGUGCUUCCCCUGGAGGCUCAGAAGAAAAAAGACUGUUUUCAAGUUAGCCUAUACAAAUAUAUCUUUGAUGCCAUGGUCCAAGGAAAAGUGACCACUGCUAGCCUACUCCACCAUGUGAAACUGCAUCCAGAAAAGCCCCUGGGGCCGUCAGUGCUGAGGCAUGCCCAGCAGGGAGGCUUCUCUGUGAAGUCCUUGGGUGACCUCAUGGAGCUGGUCUUCUUGUCUCUAACACUAUCUGACCUCCCAGUUAUUGACAUUCUAAAGAUUGAGUAUAUCCACCAAGAGACUGCCACUAUGCUGGGAACAGAGAUUGUGGCCUUUGAAGAGAUGGAACUGAGAAGCAAAGUGCAGCACUACCUGGCCUACUGGACGGGCCACCGAGAGCCUCAAGGGGUUGACAUGGAGGAGGCAUGGAAAUGCCGGACAUGCAGCUAUGCAGAUAUCUGUGAGUGGAGGAAGGGUGGUGGGGCGCCCAGUGCCAAGCUAGAGCCACAAGCCAAAAAAGCCAAAUAAACACAAGGCAUGCUUUCAGAAGCUUUGAUCCUUCCUGCUCCUGAUGUAGUCAACAGAGUGAAAGAGGACCAGUCUCUGAUCCUGGCUUUCAUGGAGAGUGGGAGAGUGUUCUUAUCUUGGUUCUUUUCAUAUUUCAUCAAGCUCUCACCACUCAAAUCCAGGACCAAGGCUCAGGGGUAAGUGGGAGAGAUCUCGGGUUAUACUGUCCCUGGAGCUUUGCUCUAGGUUGCCAAGAAGACAGAUGCUCAUCAUGGCUGACGCAGAGGUGUCCUUCAGCAAUCAUUGCUUCCUGAGAAGUCUUCAGUUUCUGUUAAGCCUCCCUAUUUUUUCUCAGUCGAGGCUUUCUACAUUUUAUGUAAUAAAAUAAAAUGAAACUGUGCAGAUCGGU